GGUUAUUAGUUUUAGAGCGCGCGGAUCAGAUUUGUAGCAUUGGAGGUCGUUUGCCUCAGUUUACUUAAAUGUAUGUAGCUAAAAUGUUUAAAGCUUACUAUGUCAUGGAACGUCUGCAUUUAGUUACUCAAAAUUUCUUUUUGUCACUCGAUUAAUUAUUUCGGAUUAUAGUCACUGCGGUAUACUGUUGAGUACAUAAGUAUUUAUCCUUCAGAAAUCAAUUUAAUGGAAACUCCACCAUAUACUUUAUGCUCCUGUCUGUUGUAUCUGAAACUUGUAUACAUCAGCGCUAGCAGUCUCACGUAGUGAAAUAUCUCAUACUUACUGUUGUAAUGUAUUAUAUAGGGAGAUUAGAUUACGCUUCAUAUACGGACUAAUCAGGUGAAAAUUAAUGAUUAAUAAAGAGAUGCUCCUUAUCAUUGAUAUCAUAUUCAGCAGUUUUGACGAAAACUGAAUUGCGUGCUGGUCUUUAUACUAGUCCGAAACACGAUGUGUAAAUUUAGUAUAGAAAUCACGUUUUCAGUGUGUGAAGGUACGCGUAGUGAACAUGCAUUUUGUCAGAGUUUAUAUUAACUCAGGAAGUUGACUAGAGACUAUUGACCUGCUCCGAGAUAACUAUCACACAAAGAACCUCUAGCUGUAACUAACCCAAGAAUGCUAACAAACGUUACUGACAUAACUGGUGUACAGUAGUCAAUGCUCGAAAACUACUGUCUAUGAGUGGUAUAAGAAGAGCUGUGUAAACGUGACAAAUAGUCAGCAGCAUAUCUUUACUAAUGUACUAUGACCAUGAAGUCGUUAUUUCAAAAUCGUUCAACAAUUGAUACGCAGCUCAGUACCUGGGACAUACUUGCGUCUGUUUAAGUUGGCACAUAUCAACAACUCAAGGGGUAAUUACCGAGAUUAUUCCUAGAUCAGUUGAAACAUUGACAGUAGUGAGGUUGUAUACUAUAAGAAGAUAUAAACUCGUGGGAUUAAAAGGUGUAAUAUGAUUUCAAAGCUCAAGAUGAUAUGAAUUGGAUGCACUUGCACUAUUACCGACAAUUCUGAGCUGUCACUCAGUCUCACUGAUUAUGAAAAUCUUUUUGAUCUCAACCAGACAGUCCGAACCCACCAACACAGCUCAAGUCAAUGAUCAGUGAAUCGGUACCACAUUUUGGUUUGGCUACCCUUAACUUUCUCCCGACCUACCCCCCCCAAAUCAGCAAGAAUCUCAUGUCAAGGUAGGCGGUGGCUGGGCUUUUAUAACACGUCACAAUAACCUCAGUCGAUGAGGACUUACCACCUCAUAAGUCGAUUCACCAUCCUUAUCUAGACCCUGCAUCUAACCUCAACACUGCUCAUUCGGUGGUCCAAGCAUACACGAGCAGUGCUCUAAAGGCAUAUAUAUUCAUUUACUUAUAAGCUACAGAUAUACUCUAUUUUGAAAGGCCCCAUUCCGCAACCGUACAGAAGAACAGAGAAACCUGCUACACAGUAUUCUGGUGUCUUCAUUAGGGAACGAAUGCCACAUAACACACGUUAGUAAAAAUCAAGCGGGCCUCCUGAAUACUUGCCCAUAUGUUGCCAGACACUCACCAGGACUGAGUAGACCUCCCAGAUGAUUACAGUAGUUGACACGUUCAGUUACUUCCCUGAAACCUAAUUAGUCUGUUAACAUAGUGUAGUAUGAUCUAACCCGACAUAUCUAUUUUUUGUUUUCCUCAGUCACCAAUAUAUCAAAUCAUUUGGUUUCCCCAUUGGCUUCCCCUCACUGUCUUUAUAUAAAGUUUUACAACUUGGGCAGUAUAACAUUUGUGUCUGGUACUACAUUCUCCUCAACUAACUGCUAAAAAUAACAACCGGUUAACGGAUAGAACUUAGUUUUCAACUGUUGAAACUUAGAUUCGAACUCCUCUCUACCUUAUUUUUCUCAGUCGAUUAGUGUUGCUAGCCCUCACACAAAACGGAUAGAUGAACGUUUACCUACUUUCUGAGUCGUAGAAAACUUCGAGAAUUUUACUAAUUGAAGUGCUUUUUGUCUUUAGUAUUAAUUUGGUGUUCAUGAUUGAGUGUAAUAAUCUUUACCUUAGUUUCUUCACUUUUAAUACUUGUCGUUGGAAUUUAGUGUUGCUACUGGUGUAAUGGAUAUGUUAUUUGGUCGUGUGGUGUAAUUUUAAGCGUUCUCUAGCAUCACAUGGAUCGCAACAUGCCGACAGUUUAUGCGCGUCUAACAACGGGAAAAACCACAUAUGAAAUGGUAAAACAUCAAAUUACAAUAGGUCGGGGUUCAGCCGUGUACCCCGUUGACAUUGAUAUAGGCUGUUCUUCUUAUGUUUCUCGGCAACAUUUAGAAAUUAUCUGGAAAACUGACUGCUUGAAACUUAAGUGCAAAGGCAAGAAUGGAAUUUUUAUUGACCAAAAUUUUCGACCGUACAGUUCCCAGUUUCUGUCCAUCCCACCAAGGUGCGUUCUUCGAUUUCCAAGCACAUCUAUUUGCGUCCAAAUAGAACAGUGUUUCAUGUCUUAUGAAAAGAGUAAUAGUUAUGCAAACUACGUGUCUUCCCUUAAACUGGAUUCAUACGGGUCUGGAAAUAGUUGUUCACCUGUGAAUGGUGAUAAUCAACCUUCUCCAAGGAUUAGUUCAAAGACCUUCAAUUUUAUUGGACCCUCAGAAAACUUGACCACAACAACCAGUCGCACACGUCGCAAACAAGCACUAAUACCAGCCUGUAGAACGACUUAUGGCAACGUUCACUAUUCUAAUGUUCAGAAGAACACAACUAGUAAUGUAUCUUGUGAACUAAAGAAUACCUCGGAUACGGAAUGGAGCAGUUGAAAACAUCGACACCUUAAUCUAUCAUGGGAGUCUCAUCAGUCCACCCAAUGCGGACAAUCCUUCGCAGAUAAAGUAGCCGAACAGCUUUGGUCUUUUGUGUAGAUGCAAAAGUAUUAAUAAAUCGUCAUAUACGCUUCCCUUUUAAUAAAUUGACUCAACAUGGUAAAAAUGAUAGUAAUCGAACAGAGACUGAUAUACAUCAACAAACAAGUUGUAUUGGUAAUAAUGCUAACAUUCAGUACAUCCACUUGAAAUCUAAAGUUGAUCUGCCUUUUUCAAAUGUGGAUUCUAUUGGUGACGGUAUAACUUCCGUCAAGUCAUCACAAAACUCCAUUUCUGCACCUGUUGUUCACUUAGCAGCGUUUCCAGCUGUAGAGCGUGGAGAUCAGUUCACGAAACCCCCAUACUCUUAUGCUCAACUUAUUGCUCAGGCAAUCUCAAGUCAGCCAGAUCGUAAACUUACUUUGAGUGGGAUUUAUGAUUUCAUUAGUAGAAAUUAUUCAUAUUAUCAAUUAGCUGAUAAAGGCUGGCAAAAUUCAAUUAGGCAUAAUUUGUCACUUAAUUGUCAGUUCGUAAAAGUUCCUCGUUCACAAGAAGAUCAUGGUAAGGGUUGUUUCUGGAGAAUCGAUCCAGAGCAUGAAGCUAAAUUGUUAAAUAUUGCUUUCCGUAGACGUCGUAUAAGAGCCUGUGAUACAAGUUCAUUUUUAACAAAUAAUCGAUAUCCAUUGACAUCAUUAUCUUCAAAUGGGAAAUUUUAUAAUUAUAUUAUUCCAAAAUCAUUAAUAAAUCAAUCAAACAGUAGUUCAAUCAUAAUGUCAACAGGCGGUAUUCAUUUACGAAAAUCAUAUAAACGAUCAAACAAAUCUGACCAACUAAAAACUCCUUACAAGCUUGCAUUAUCGUCCCCAUCACUUGAUGUAAACAUGCAACAUACACCGCUAACUCAAAACAAGGAGGAUAGUUUAAAUGUGAUUACUUUCCAACCUGUCGUUCAUAAUUUGGUUCCAGUUAAUCAAGCGUCCUCUUCCGUUUUACAGAUUAUGAACACUAAACCUAUACUAACAACUACUUUCAAGUCAAGUCAUCAUAAAGAAGACCAGUAUAAUAUUUCAUCUUAUCAUGCUGGUCCUGUUGUUGUACAACAGCCUACUUAUUCUUUACUAUCUUAUUCUAAUUCUUCCCAGGAUACUGUAUUCCAUCAGAACAGUAGUGGUACAAAUUGACAACAGCUGUUUUUCUGUUUACACACAGUGAUGUGAUCACCUUUAAAAAGCUUAAUUGCUAUCGUGUUUAACAGCUAAAGCUUUUUUACCUGAACAAAAAAAUGAGUUUUUAUCCUUUUUACAAUUUAACUAAUAUAGUUUCUUUUAUUAGUGAUCAUUUAUUAGCUAUGAAGAACUGGAAAAACAAUUGGCUGUGCAAAGUGCUUUUAUAUGUAUUUCUGCAUUUUCUUACUGAUUUUAUUUUUAAUUACUGCAUUCGUAUCAUUUAUACCAAUCUCCGUCGUUUCUAUUUAUGUGAAUAUCAUUUCAGCUCCCUCUUUCCUUUGUUUUUCUCCUGUCCUGUUUCAUUGUUUAUGAUUACCCCUUCGUUGUUUCCUUUUGUAGUCACAAUCACUACGUUGCACACACAUACAUGGAUAUCUGUCUUUAGACAAUCACUCAUUUAUUUUUCUAUAGGUGAUAAUUUUCAUAGUAAAAAAUGGUAUUAAUUGCUAAACAUUUAAAGCAAUCAUGCUGAUGA